CAUCCCCUUCACUUCCUGAAAAAAAAACAUGCAAGACAGAAAGAGCGACUUGAGAAAGACAGAGAAUCUACAAGGUGGACAUGGAUUAGAAGACAGAGAAAGCUUGGCUGUUUGUUUUUGUUUACUUCACACCACCUCUUCAGGAUCCAUUACUUCAAACAAUAUUGAUGACUGAGCAGAUAUUCACUUGCAGUUGUAAGACUAGGCCUACACCGUCAUCAUUACAGCCAGACUACCAUGGAGACCCUGGAUAUCACCCUGACCAAGUGGUUUAAGGUGAGAGAAUACGACCAGAAGAGUGAGCAGCGGGCAGAGAAACACGAGGGACUCCGGGGACGCAACAACGUCACUUCCUGUCGGAGCCCAACCAGAGAAGUGGACACACGGUGGAUCAAGAAGGAGCUGAGGCGGAAGAGACAGCAGGAAUUCGAUAUAAGACGAUCAGUCAGCCCAGAAAGGGCCAAAGACUCUGGAAAGGUCAAGGAUGACAGUUGUGUCAUCUGUGACGAAGCGAAGACAGAGUCUUUGCAGUGUAACAUCAAUUGGCCUAUGCCCCCUAGGCUUACGUCCAAUGGACGGCCGUUGAUAAUGGGUCGAAAAAUAAAGACAUCCAAAGAUGACCUGGACAACAGUGAAUGGGCCUCAAUAUGGAGAAAUGAGAAGAGCAGUACUAGAACACUAGAGGCAGUUUCCUCCACCUUCACCACCUCGACCAGAGAACUACCCUCCUCCACCCCAACCCUCUGCACCUCGACCAGAGAACCACCCACCUCCACCCCAACCAUCUGCACCUCGACCAGAGAACUACUCACCUCCACCCCAACCUCCACCCUGAAGACGUCCACCCCAAGCAGAGAACUAGUCCAGCCCAGGUUAAAAGCCUUGAGAAAACAACCACCCACCUCCACCCCUACGUCCACCCCUACCUCCACCCCUACCUCCACCCAUACGUCCACCCCUACGUCCACCCCUACGUCCAACCCUACCUCCACCCCUACCUCCACCCCUACCUCCACCCCGAGCAGAGAUCUAGUCCAGCCCAGGUUAAAAGCCUCCACAAAGAAAGAAAAGGCAGGCAUCCUGAAGGGUACAGGAGGUAAGAAGACACAGCAAGAAGCCAGCGCACAGACAGAGCCUGGCUCUAUAUACACAUCAGGCUCUAUAUGCAGGCCUGGCUAUGUUACCGUCAAGGAAUCUGAAGUUAUUCAGCUGGAUGUUUACUUGCAGGAGGCUCUAUGGAGAGAGGAAGGCCUGAAGAAGAAGUUGGCUGUUCUCCAGAAGCGUGGCUCCACCCUGCUGCAUCACUCUGACACCCUAUGGACUACAAGCUGCAAUGAAGACCUACUAAAGAACAAGAUCAGAGCGUUAGAAACACAGCUGCAAGUCUGUCUGCAGAAACAGAAGCUCCCCUUGGAUGGAGUGAAGAAGCUCGUGCUACAGAUGGAGAAACAGAAGGGAGCGUAUGAGGAGAAAGCCUUGGAGGUCAUCCAGAGGGCUACAGAGGAGAAAAAGGAAGCUCUCAGUCAGGCCGAGACACUCGAGGUGCUGCUGCAGGCAGCCAGGGUGGAAGCGGCACAGUGGCAGGGUCUGUGUGAGGAAAUGAAGGAGAGCUCAGAACAGCUGAAGAAGAAACAGGAGCUCAGCUCUGAACACGUUCUACAACUGCAGAACCAACUGGAGCUUGCCAGGGGUCAGGAGGCGGUGCUUAGGGAGGAGCUGGGGGCAGUACAGCGAGUGGAGGAGGAGUUACAGUCCAACAUUGUUCUACUGGAAGAACAGAACCAGAACCUGAGGGAACAAAUCCAGGAGUUGAGAGAUGCCAGAGCUGAGACUCAGGAGGUGUGCGUGGAUGAAUCCUUGGCCCAGUUGGACGUGUCUCUGGAGCAGUCAGAAGAGUUGGAGCGGACCCUGGCCCAGUUGGAUGUGUCUCUGGAGCAGUCAGAAGAGUUGGAGCGGACCCUGGCCCAGUUGGACGUGUCUCUGGAGCAGUCAGAAGAGUUGGAGCGGACCCUGGCCCAGUUGGACGUGUCUCUGGAGCAGUCAGAAGAGUUGGAGCGGACCCUGGCCCAGUUGGAUGUGUCUCUGGAGGAGGAGGAGAACCUGGCCCAGUUAGAUGUGUCUCUGGAGGAGGAGGAGAACCUGGCCCAGUUAGAUGUGUCUCUGGAGGAGGAGGAGAACCUGGCCCAGUUAGAUGUGUCUCUGGAGCAGUCGGAAGAGUUGGAGCGGACCCUGGCCCAGUUAGAUGUGUCUCUGGAGGAGGAGGAGGAGGAGCAGCUGAUUAUAUCGUCACAGCAGAAGCAGUUAUCAUGGGGAGAUGGAGAUCAGGUUCUGGAGCAGCUCCGUCACGCUCUGGACCGACUACAGCUGAAGGAGAGGGAGUGUGAGGAGCUGCAGAACGAUCUGGAGGCCGUGGAGGCAGAGUGCCAGUCGUGCCAGGUCCGUCUGACGCAGUGCAGGGACGAACUCCGACAGCUCAGCCACCGACGCAGCAGCAGGGUGUGCAGGAAGCCCUGUAUCUCGUGGAUAUGGCUCUGUGUUCUACUACUACUGCUCCUGUCCAUGGUGGCGGCGGCCAUCUUGUGGGCGUGGCAUCCUCCCUUCAAGGACCAAGUCCAGGACCUGUACUCAGCUGUAGAGGAACACAUAGAGGACUAUCUACAGCAGGCCGUCUCUCCACAACACGUUGGCUGCUUCAGGCCUGUCUGACCACAGCACUAGCCUGAGUCCCACAUUGGUUUGGGCUCUCUUGCCAACUCUAAGACAUUGGACUUGACAAGACAGUACAAAGAGAUCUAGGACUCAGGCUACCACAGCACAGCUCAGGUUUAGGAUUCAUUGUUUGAUUGAGUUUGUUUUGUGUAUAUUAGGAAUUUUUGUUAAGGUAUUAUUAAUUUAUUUUUUAACAAAAAAAAUCUAGCAAAAACAAUCCAAAUGAUAAAAGACAAAACAAUCUAUUCAUUUAAUUUAUAUUUAUAACUCAGAACCUUUGUGUGCCUUUAUAGAUGAAUUGAGAAUGACAACUAAGACUUAGUUGCUUUCGAUUUCAACUUUUAAGUAGUGUCUGCAGAUAUAGUUUCAUUGACUUAAACAUGAAUGUUUACAAUGUUACACAUUACACGAACUUUGGGAUAAAAAUAACAAUUUACUGCCUAUCAGUGGAGGCUGUUGAGAGGAGGACGGUUCAUAGUAAUGGCUGGAAUGGAGUCAGUGGAAUGGUAUCAACCACAUGGAAACCACGUGGAAACCACAUGGAAACCACAUGGUGUCCAGGUGUUUGAUGCCAUUCCAUUGACUCCAUUCCAGCCAUUACUAUGAACCGUCCUCCUCUCAGCAGCCUCCACUGCUGCAUAUGCAUCAUUAUGUAAUAAUUGUUAAAUAUCUGUGUUUGAAAGGAUUAUAUUGGACUAAUGCACCUCAUAUUUUAGUCGGUCAAAAAAAUCGUGCAGAUCAUGAAAAUCAUUAGAUAAGUAUCAUAAUAAGUAUUCUGUUUUGUGUCAUUUUGUUUGAGAAACAGAGACCGGGAUUCAAUCCGAUCAGCUGUAGAUCAGCGUUGUAGCGCGCUUGACAUUUAAAGGUAACUUCCGAGGCGACGUAUGCAGAGUUUACCGUGAAUGCAGUCUCCGCGAGUGUGGAAACAUUGCCUUUAAAAGGUGCAAGGCAUGAUCAGAUCGGAUCUCGGCCUUAAUGUUAAUGAUUGUGUUUACAUUAUUGUCACAAGUGCUGUCCAUUUUUGUGGAGUUUGUGGAAAUCGACUGUAAUAAAAUGACUGUAGAAGGUCCAAUAUAGUAAAAAAUAUAUAUAUAAUUCACGAAGACAAAACAAAAAGAUAAAGCACAUGAAAUAAAUACUUACAGCAGAUGGAGGGGCGACUGUUCUGGAGGGGUGACUGUCCUGGAGGG